AUGGAGGGAAUCGAGGGAACGGAGAGAACGGAGGGAAUGGAGGGAACGAGCAGUGCGUUGUCCAAGGCCGCCCUGACGCCGGUGAAUUCGCAAAGGUGCUAUGACUCGUCUCACCUUCCUUUUGCUUGCCAGGAGCACUGGACCUUCCUUUUGCUUGCCAGGAGCACUGGAGCCACACAAACCACAGGAGGGACGGAACGGACAUGCAUUCCUCGAGUGAUCGACCCGCCAGGGACUAUGCCCAAGACCCAGCCCUCGGCGGCCUCGCAUGACAGUGACGGCUGGCCAGCCGUGACAACGAACUUGCAAAUUGAGCAUGCAAGGCCCCGGGCCAUUCAAAAUGCCAGGACACCGCCUUCGGACUGCUCGCACAGCCUGGCACCCAGCAGGGUCUCCCAUGAGACGUACAUGCACCACAGCCAGCACUGCGCUGCGUGCCUCUACAUGCUCUACAUGCCCAAACCCGCGCCACAGCCCAGCGGAUCGAACUAA